AUGGGGACCGGACGCAAGUUCCACGAGACCGACUCCUGGGCGCUGUUCGUCGGGUUCGUCAUCUUCGCCGUGCUCUCCAUCCUGAUCGAGAAGUUCGUGCACUACCUCAAGCAUCGGCACCGGUCGAAGACGAUGCAGACGGUGAUUCACAAAGCCGAGGAAGAGUUCUUCCUCUUGGGCUCCGUGUCCCUGUUCUUGAUGCUGUUCGAGGAGCUCAUCCUCGCGAACACCUGCGUGAGCACCGGGACGGUGUUCCACGACGAUUGGCAGAUGUGCGAUACCUAUAGUUCGUAUUCCAAGCGACGACGCGCGCUCCUCGGGAAAGGGCUGGCGUACGCGGAGGAGAACUGCGCGUACGGGGAAGAACCGUUCUUGAGCGCGAGCACGUUGCACCAGAUUCACGGGUUCAUAUUCUUCAUGGCGAUCUCGCACAUCUCCGCGUGCGCGUUCACGCUGUACCUCGGGCGGAAGCGCGUGAACUUGAUGCUGAAGAACAGGCGCGAACACAUGGAGAAGACGAUGCGGUGCAUCGUUCAGGCGACGUCAAUGAAGGGCAAGUCGAACGAGAAAGAGACCCCGGGCGCGGACGCGUCCGACGCCGCCGCCGACGCCAACGCCAACGCCGACGCGCGCGACGUCAUCGUGCGGAUCCCGACGACGAAGCACGUCGAAGCGAAGCACGUCGAAGCGAAGCUCGCGCUGAAAGGCCAGAUCGACGUCGUCGAGGACGACAACAAGGGGGUCAUGAAGAAGAAGUUGUACGAGCGUCUGUACCCCGGCGAGGAUCCCUUUUCUAGGUUCAAAGAGACGCUCGGGAUCACGGUCCCGAACACGACGUUGAUAUGCUUCGAGCUCUUGUUCGUGCGGACGCACAACAUUCGCUCGCGGAAGUUUGACUUCGCGCAAUUCUUAGAGCACUGCCUCGAGCAAAACCUCUCCGAAACGCUAGGCAUGUCCCCCGGUCGGUGGGCGAUCGCGGCGGCGUUGAUCCUGGCGUGGGGCCCGGCGAUAUGGGUCACCUUCGGCGUCUCCGCGAUGAACUUCUUACUGUGCUGCGCGCUCGCGGUCAAGCUCAACAUGACCGUGAAGACGAUCCUUCAAGUCGAGGACGAGGGCGGGAAGAUGUCCAACGAGGUGUACUGGUUCCGAAACCCGAAGUUCAUCGAAGACGCGUUCGUGUUGGCGCUAUUUCAGCAGGCGUUCAGUCUCGGCGCGAUGGUCUUCGGCCUGUGGGAGGUUGGCUACGGAGACGAUUACGAGUGCUACUACGGAGGGCCGGGGACGUAUAUCCUGAAGAUCGCCUUCCUCCUGCAGGCGUUGCUCCUCGGCGGUUACGUCAUCCUCCCGCUUCAGGCGGUGACGGCGCAGAUGAGCGACCACUUCCGCGCGGAGCUGCUCGGGAAACACACGAAGAAGACGAUGGAGAUGAUCACCGAGCAGCUCGCCAGGCGAAGGAGUAACUUGAAGAAAUUCGCGACGCAGGAGGACGUGGUGCUGCACAUUCAGAGGUCGUUCCGAGCGCGGCGGGAGAAGCGGAUGCUUCAGCUCGCGAGGAGCGCCAUCGUGCAGGGGUGA